CGAGGCUGCGCGGAGGGCAAGCCGGGGGCGGGGCCGGGGCCAGAGCAGAACCCCGGGUCUCCGCGGCCAUAGCUGACUGAGCUGUCCCUUCCCCUCACCCGCUCCACGCCCUCCUGGGCCGAGUGGAGUUGGGUGGUGUCAGCAGCCUCUCCCUGAGGGGCACCGCGGCUUCAGGAGCUGGGCCUCCAGUGCGGCGCGAUGUCAGGCGCCGUGACAGCUCUGUGAGUCCGAGGCCGCGGCCGUGGCGCUGGGCGGCUGCGGGGCCUGGCCGGUCCGCUCAUGGUGCCGCCACGACGCCAUCGCGGGGCAGGAAGGCCAGGUAGGCAGGCAGGGAAGGGCCCCGACAUCACCGGAGCCCAAACCGGGACGGAGUGCCCACCAACAGCACCACCUCCUGCCCUUGGUGGCAGCCGGAGCGCCUUGACCGAAACCGUGACGGUCUCCAGGGGCGGAGGGACGGGAGCUGACAGGGGCGCCCGAGCCCUGCGCCCACCCCUGGCAAUUGAGGAAGCCGUGCGUGCGCCCUCGCCUCGGCUCGCCGGGGAGGCGUCACUGCCUUAACUGUCUUCCCCGCUCCAAAACAGGAGGAGGAUUCCUUUUCCCAGCUGUUUCUUUUGAAAUGACUGGAUGUUUUGACAGAGGUGGGUGGAGGAGCGUGGAGAAUCCUUUUCUUUUACCACUUGAGGAUAUUGGAGAGGUGCCUUCAAGAUCCACAACAAAUCACUUACUCUCGGAUAACCAAAUUCCACUCCAGGAGAUCGGGGACAGAAAAGACACUUUUAGAAACAGUGUCUAGACGCUGUCCCCGGGGAUGGAUUCCUCUGGGUGGAGAGGGGUGCUGAGUUCUUCACCUUUCAGACUGAGAUCUGCCAAGUUUUCCGGCAUUGCUCUUGAGGAUCUCAGAGAGGCUCUUAAGACCAGACUGCAAAUGGUGUGUGUGUUUAUCAUGAACCGAAUGAAUUCCCAGAACAGUGGUUUCACUCAGCGCAGGCGAAUGGCUCUUGGGAUUGUUAUUCUGCUGCUUGUUGAUGUGAUAUGGGUUGCUUCCUCCGAACUUACUUCGUAUGUUUUUACCCAGUACAACAAACCAUUCUUCAGCACCUUUGCAAAAACAUCUAUGUUUGUUUUAUACCUUUUGGGCUUUAUUAUUUGGAAGCCAUGGAGACAACAGUGUACAAGAGGACUUCGCGGAAAGCAUGCUGCUUUUUUUGCAGAUGCUGAAGGUUACUUUGCUGCUUGCACAACAGAUACAACCAUGAACAGUUCUUUGAGUGAACCUCUGUAUGUUCCUGUGAAAUUCCAUGAUCUUCCAAGUGAAAAACCUGAGAGCACAAACAUUGAUACUGAAAAAACCCCCAAAAAGUCUCGUGUAAGGUUCAGUAAUAUCAUGGAGAUUCGACAGCUUCCGUCAAGCCAUGCAUUGGAAGCAAAGUUGUCUCGAAUGUCAUAUCCUGUGAAAGAACAAGAAUCCAUACUGAAAACUGUGGGGAAACUUACUGCAACUCAAGUAGCAAAAAUUAGCUUUUUUUUUUGCUUUGUGUGGUUUUUGGCAAAUUUGUCAUAUCAAGAAGCACUUUCAGACACACAAGUUGCUAUAGUUAAUAUUUUAUCUUCAACUUCUGGACUUUUUACCUUAAUCCUUGCUGCAGUAUUUCCAAGUAACAGUGGAGAUAGAUUUACCCUUUCUAAACUAUUAGCUGUAAUUUUAAGCAUUGGAGGUGUUGUACUGGUAAACCUGUCAGGAUCUGAAAAAUCUGCUGGAAGAGAUACAAUAGGUUCCAUUUGGUCUCUUGCUGGAGCCAUGCUCUAUGCUGUCUAUAUUGUUAUGAUUAAGAGAAAAGUAGAUAGAGAAGACAAGUUGGAUAUUCCAAUGUUCUUUGGUUUUGUAGGUUUAUUUAAUCUGCUGCUCUUAUGGCCAGGUUUCUUUUUACUUCAUUAUACUGGAUUUGAGGACUUCGAGUUUCCCAAUAAAGUAGUAUUAAUGUGCAUUAUCAUUAAUGGCCUUAUUGGAACAGUACUCUCAGAGUUCCUGUGGUUGUGGGGCUGCUUUCUUACCUCAUCAUUGAUAGGCACACUUGCACUAAGCCUUACAAUACCUCUGUCCAUAAUAGCUGACAUGUGUAUGCAAAAGGUGCAGUUUUCUUGGUUAUUUUUUGCAGGAGCUAUCCCUGUAUUUUUUUCAUUUUUUAUUGUAACUCUCCUAUGCCAUUAUAAUAAUUGGGAUCCUGUGAUGGUGGGAAUCAGAAGAAUAUUUGCUUUUAUAUGCAGAAAACAUCGAAUUCAGAGAGUUCCAGAAGACAGCGAACAGUGUGAGAGUCUCAUUUCUAUGCACAGUGUUUCUCAGGAGGAUGGAGCUAGUUAGCUGUUGUCUGUAGCCCAGCACGAUAAUGGAACUAUACAGCGAAGAGACAAUCUCUGGCAAGUUUUUGUAGAAAACAUGUUUCAGUGCCUAGUCUGAAAAAUAACAGUUUCAGUUCUUUGAAACUCUAAAAUAUAUUUUUCUCAUACCUGUUUUCUUCAUUUUCAUAAUGAAGCACUUUGCUAUGUAGCUGUGUACAUAUCACUACAGUUCUAGGAAGUUCCAGUCUACAGUCCAUCCAAAGGACCAACCUGCCUUACACAUCUCAAGGAGUUCAGCUGUUGAAAUCAUUUGAACUAAUCAAGGAAUAAAUCCUAAUGUUCCAGGACUUUAUUUUCACAUACUUGUUAAAUGCUGGAAUAUAUUAUAAAAAUGUUUUCAAGAAAUCACUUAAGUGUUCAUAGACCAGUGUUUCUGACAGGUAAAAUGCUAAAAUAAGCUACCUGUAGUAAGUAUGGAUGAUAUUUUUGGGUUUUGUUGAAUAUUGCAAAUUAACCACACAAAAAAUGUUUAAUUUAUGCAACAAGCAUGUUUGUGCAAAUUUCGUGGAACUUUAAAAAGAAUAAAUAUUUGAGAAAAUAUCUGAUUCACUUACACUACAUUUACUGUAUUAUUCUUUUAUAGCAUUAGGUGCCUUGUAUUUUAAAUCUGUGACAAACCAUGGCAAAUUUUUAAAGGGGAAGUAUUAUUAUAAAAUGAAGAAAUAUGUAUUUCUAAAGGCUAUAUUGCUGUAAACUUAAUUGAUAAAGCUCUGUUUAGAGUUUUGAAGAAAUAGUCUCCCUUCAAUUAAGAACUUUUCAUAAUGGAAUGAUUUAAAUUGAAGUGACAAAGAGUAUUAUUAAAAUACAAUGUUUAUAUGUGUAUUUGUGUAUUAUAGAUGUAUCAAGUGAUUUCUAAUUUUUUCUCAUAUGAAUAUGCCAGAUUACUCUAGAACUAGAUGCCUCUUCUUUAAAUAAUUUUAGUUUUCCUGAAUAAAUUUGUAAUGGUUAAAGUACCAAGGAAGGAAGGCGAGAAGGGAUUCUGUUUUUAAAAUCACAUCUGAACUGUUCCUCUACUAAGAUUAAAUUAAAUGUGAAAUACUCGUAAUUGCAAUUCUUAAACUUAGGCACAUGUGCUCACUGUGCACCUGCUCCUGGACUCUAUUCACCAGAGUACCAGUAAAUGUGUGUCCCAGGAUUCACAGGCUUUUGAUUAAUCAAUAUUCUUUUCAAGUUUUCUGUGAAUAGUUAAGUUCUCUUCAAAAUUUCUUAACUAAUCUGAUUUUUAAGAAUUCACUUUGCAGUGUUUAGCUUCCUAUUCACAUUCUUAAAAUUGCUUUGGUGUUACCAUGAGUCAAAAAUGAAGUUUAGCCUUCUUUCUGCUUCAUUCUGAGAACUUCUUGAUUACCUUUAAAAAUUGUUUAUGAUAUUAAAUUUAAAAUACAAACAGCUCUCUCUCUCUCUCUUUUUUUUAAUCAUCCAGCCCAAAGUGGCAAAAACAGCUCUUUUCUCAUGUGGCACCACCAAUAACUCAAUUAAAAAUAAUGUUGAGUUUAUUAUACUUUUGACCUGUUUAGCUCAACAGGGUGAAGGCAUGUAAAGAAUGUGGACUUCUGAGGAAUUUUCUUUUAAAAAGAACUUAAGGAAGUAACAUUGUAAUUACUAAAGGACUACUUUUGGUUGAAGUUUAUUAUCUAGAUACCUCUACUUUUUGUUUUUGCUGUUCGAUAGUUCACAAAGACCUUCAGCAAUUUACAGGGUAAAAUAGUUGAAGUAGUGGAGGUAAAACUGAAAUUUAAAAUUAUUCUGUAAAUGCGAUAGAGAAAGAAGCUGAGCUUAGAAUCUUUUGGUUGUUCAUGUGCUCUGUGCUCCUCUCAUCACACAGGUCAUGUGUUGUCACUCACGAUUCUGGAAGUACUAAGCCGUAGUUAACAGGCUGGAUAGAUCUUCAGGCAAUCUUCUUCCAGUAUACUGCUGCUUUUCUGUUUCUUAAAACAAAAAAUCAAAGAACAACUUCUUUAGAAGGAAGCACCACCAUUCAAUUGGUUAACUGAAAGUAUGAAUCACUGCUGCUUCGCUUGCCCACCUGUUCUCUUUUUCUCACAGGUUUUAUUUCUCGGAAUGAUUGUUGCAUUUGAAUACUGUAGCCAUGGUGAGUGAGCACUUGAAGACUUCCUCUCUGCACCUUCAUAGUUAAGGGUUCAUCUUCUCACGAAAUAAAGUUGUGCUGGGUUGCUUCAAUUCUGUGGAUUGCCUGGAAACUAGGUAACAAGGCCCUUAGAUCACAACGACCACGUUGCAGGUCUUUGGAAAUGCUGGGAAGGGGUUACAUUCAAGUAACUGCUGACAUCCUUCCUGUCUAUCAGAACCAUGUUGGCCUGUAAUUAUAUUUUUCUGAAUCUAAAAACAAAUAGAAAUUUCUGGUAUCUUUUCAGUCUCCUACUUUUCUUUCUAUUCAUCACUUAAAUCUCAUUAUUGUAUAAUGUUUCAAAUUAUGACCUGGAUUGAAGGAAGUCUGUUUUGUCAGAAAGACUUUGUUAGGUGAACAUCAGAAUCUCAACCAAAACAAAGCUGAAAAAUGAGGCAGACUUAAAAGUGAAUGCUUUUGAAAUGAGUGCUUUUUGGAGCUUAGGAGAGCCAUUAGGUUUAUGUAAUGCACCCAUACUUAUUCCUUUAAAUAAAUUUUAAUUUAAAAACAUUGA